UUUUUUUAAAAGAUCCAUCAUUUGUCAUUGACCCGCAUAUCAAAUCCACACUCUGUCUAGAAAUGUAGUGGAGGAGAAAAGCUCAAAAAGGGCAACAUUAAUCCACAACAUUAAAAACAGCUCUACCAAACAAACCAGAAUUAUUUAGGUUUAUUAAAUAUACAUGUCUUAUUAGGGGAGUAGGCGGUGGGGGCGUGGCCACUACUCAGGCAACAGCAACCCGUCAAUCAUAUACUGUGGCGGGAGCAGAAAACGAGUGUCAGUGAGGACGCCUAUGGUUGCCUUACUUUUCCUAUUACUGUUUGACAUCCUGUGUGCGUUUGGACGAAACCCACAGUAAACUAGAGGGAUCUCACAACAGCUCACAGAAGUACAUUGGCCGCAAUAUAUGGCAGUGUAAGUUGACAAAAUCGUCUUUUACACUUAUCGAGUCGGGUUUUUUUCUCUCUCUCCAGUCGACGCCAGUCACCUAACCAAAGAGACACCUGCCGCUGACGACGCAGGCUACUCUCUCCUUUUGUAAUCUCGACCGUCCAUCGACAGUUUGUCCUACCAUUUUUCUUCUCUUGAGGAGGAUUUGGUCUCAGAAAGGAAUUAUUCAGUAACGUGUUUCAGAAAAUUCCAACAGACCUGCUCAGGAUGCCUUGGAUGAGCGUCUCUCUGCCAUGGAGUUGCAUUCGGGAAAGCGCGAAGCUCUGUGACUGAACAAACUAGCCGUACUGCGGCACGGCUUCGCGAAAUAAACGCUUUGCGACUGUCUGUCCACUUGCGGAGUCGCAGAAAUGUUGUAAAAACCGCUAGUUUUGCGUGGGACUGGGGGACUGAGAGUCGAAGAAGCCGAAGAGACCACACAGCAGGUGCACGUGAACGCAGGGAUAUUAUAAUGGCUCUCGCGGCGGUUUCCCUCUACCUCCUCGCGCUCGCCUGGAUGAACUUGCGCCCGGUUCACGGGAACAACCGUCACGCCGUUUACUGGAACGGCUCAAACAUCCACUUGCGGAGAGAGGGCUACACCGUACAAGUCAGCGUUAACGACUACCUGGACAUCUACUGUCCACACUACAACCAGAGUCAGCGGGGGGCGCUAGAGCGUGGUGUGGCUGAGCAGUACGUUCUCUAUAUGGUCAGUUACCGAGGCUAUCGCACCUGUGACCCACAGAUGGGCUUCAAACGCUGGGAGUGCAACCGGCCGCACGCCCCCCACGCACCAAUUAAGUUCUCUGAGAAAUUCCAGCGUUACAGCGCCUUCUCGCUAGGCUAUGAAUUCAACGUGGGUCAUGAGUACUACUAUAUAUCUACACCAAUCCAUCACCACGGACACAGCUGUUUAAGACUGCGGGUGUUUGUCUGCUGUUCUACAGCCUCUAAUGGAGAUGACGACUCUAACCAGAAUCCACCUGACUACACUGUCAGACCCAAACUGCAUGACAUUGACGAGUUUAACCCUGAGAUCCCUAAACUGGAGAAGAGUGUCAGUGGCAGCAGUCCGUCUGGAGACCGACUGUUAAUCACUGUGGCGACGCUUCUCCUCGCUGCUCUCCUCGUGUCCUAGCAACCGUCUCUCUCUCUCUCUGACAUUUCUGAGCAAGCAGUCCCGAGCGCUUCAAGAAAAAGAUCGCCUUUCGUUCAACCUGUGUGGAAGAGAUUAUCCAAUCAGAACAGAUUAACCACUAGUCGAGCCCUAAACGUGGGAGCUAAUUGUAGAUCUACCGCACCCAAAUAGUGGCCUUUGUCUCCACAAUUUUGGACCUGGAAUAAGGAUGACAUGCAUCGAUUUCAGAAUUUGCCUUUGUAAUGGAACGUCCACUCUUCUCAAAAAAAAAAAA